UUUAUCUUACCUAUUACCUAGGCAACCGGCAGCAGCCUCCGCUGCGAGAGUGCCCGUGGGCGCGCGAUGCACCAGCUUCCUCUCGCCGCGCGGCCGCCGGCGCCGCGGUCUCACUGUUCCGGGAGUAGGAUGGCGUGCCUCUCCAGUCUGAAGCAGGCGUCGGCCUCUCUCGCCGUGGCCGCAAGACGGUGCGCGGCCGCGCCUCUCGUGGCUGCGUCGCUCCUCCUCGCCGCCGCGGCUGCGUCUCCUGUCAUGCCUGCCGGCACCCCACAAGCGUUUGCACAAUCCCAAGGCGCGGCGCUGUUCCGUAAGGCGUGCAUCGGGUGCCACGACACGGGAGGGAACAUCCUACAGCCAGGUGCCACGCUCUCCAUGAAGGAUCUUGAGAGAAAUGGAGUUGCCACGGAGGAAGAUAUAUACAACAUCACUUAUUACGGGAAGGGAAGGAUGCCGGGUUAUGGGGAGAAAUGCACGCCGAGAGGGCAGUGCACCUUCGGCCCCAGGCUGCCUGAAGAGGAUAUCAAGAUGCUUGCAGCAUUUGUCAAAUCUCAAGCAGAGAACGGGUGGCCAAAGGUCGACGGUGAUGUCGAGUGAUUCGAUUACGGUUGAGCACGAGGUGUUACCUCCAUUUCGUGAGGAGGCUGAAAACAUAAUUGUUGAUGAGGUUAAUAGAGGUGUUUGGUUUACUGGACGGUAACGCAAACGGUAAAGGUAUCACGUGGCGUUGGGAUCGAUGGUGUAACGAUCCAUGUGCUGUUUUGUUUGGCCCAUGCUUGUAACGCUAUCAAUUUACUUAAGGGAACACUAGCUACCAUA